UUUUGAGCAGCAGUUGACCUGAGAAUAUUGAGGCAAAUACGACUCCAAAUUUGACGAUAUUUGCAUUGAUUAGAAUUGUAUUGAAAACGUGUUCAUAUUGAACACUUUUGAAAACUGGAAUAGCUUUUCUUUUAGUGUGUUAGAUUCGAAAUUUGUGAUAAUAAACCACAGGUAUAGACAUAGAUAGGAUGAGCAGUCAGAGUAGUGGUGAAAAACCUCCAGAUGAUUCAGGGAAGGUUGGUCAACCAUUGAGAAUUCCAUCUAGUAAACCAUCCCAAAGUAACGCACCAUACCAGACAUUAUCUAAAACACUAAGCAGACCUGUUUUGCAGAUGCAAAAUGUAGGAGGAGUUAUUCCCCCUGCCCAUUCAGCCCAAUCUCUCCAAGCUUUUUUACCAGCCGCAGCAGGACUUCCUCAGGGUCUUCUGGCUGGAAAUAUUGAUGUGAACAAACCAUCACUUACUGCAAACCCUAUCAACUUUUCAACUUUGACCCCAGCAUCAACAUCCUCAACGUCUAUGAUGUCGUCAACUCAGAUUGUAAGAGUGGCCACUCCGGGAACGUCACAGCCUAGUAUUGUACAAAUUAGUGCUCCAACAUCAGUCACAUCAACAUCACAACAUGGAACAGAUGGGUCCAUCUUAAAACCACAUAUCCAAACAGCGUAUCCAUCUCAUCUUCCUAGAGGUGCGGCAGCAGCAGCCUCUGUUUUAGCAGCACCAAAGUCUAACACAGCUGUUCCAAUGUUACGACCCAGUCAACAUGCUGUGCCAACAUCGAGUUCUGCCACAGGAAUCCAUGGCUCCAGAGGUUCAUUGAUUACUACAACUCCAAUUAGGACAACUACCCCACCAUUAAAUAGACCAAUUUCUCCUGCUGUUUCAGUAGCAACCACACUUUCUGAUCCCCACAGACAAAUGAAACCAUUGCCAAGUACUACAGCUAUGAAUACUGCUCCCAGUAUACAGAUAACGCUACAGACAGCAAACAGAGCUAAUACUGACCUAACCCAGAAACAAAUCAUCACUCAUCAGCAACCAGUUCAGAAACCAGUUCACCUGUCACAUGGCAUGGCUUUAUCAUCCUCUAAAAUGUUGAUGUCACAAACCUCUGUAACCCAGCAUUCUGUAUUGUCUAACAUAUCCAAAACUAACAAAUCAACAGUCCCAGUGUCAUCUAUUGCCUCAUUUCCAGCAGCAGCAGCAGUUACUCAUAGUAAUCUGACUAUGACUUCUGUUCCAAUUUCUUCAAUAAAUUCUUUAAGUGCAGCAUCAUCAAUCAUUCCAGUUGCCAAAGUGAAUCCUGUUAGGCAACAACAACCAUCUUCUAUAUCAUCACAUUUACCUUCACGUCCAGUGACAACAACACACGACAGAACAGAGCCUUUAACACAGGCGCAAUCUACUGCAAUGUUCCUGCCACAAGCUCAUCGACCUAUUACUUCAACAAUGACAUUGCCUGGGUCUGUCACUGGAGUUGAUACAAGACAGGGAACAGCAAUGAACUUGUCACAGUUACAGCUGCAGUAUAUGAUCUCCCCUGAAUAUCAUCAGUUAAUGUACCAACAGAUGGCAGCAGCUGCUGCGGCCCAAGCAACAGGAUUACCCAUAUCAUCAGCAUCAUCAGUUAGACCUGGUCUCAUUAAUCAAACACCAAAUUUAUCUGCAACAUUACAAGCAGCAGUCCAUGGUUUAGUAUCAACAACCCAACCACUAGUGGACCACAAUACUAUGUUAAUGAGACAGGGACCUCUUUCCCUGUUUACUCCACAUUCUGCUGGUACUUCUUUUACUACAUCUUCUGAUGGAAAUGUAGUAAGGCCUGCAACACCAAAAGAUUCAUCCUCGGGAUCUGUCCCAUCUACCUCUGUUGUCAUGGCAACAGCUUCAAUACCGGUCAAUGUUCCUGCUUUAUCAGCAAUGGCCAUAGCAAGCAGUAAUAUUCACAGUUUAGCUACAGCUUCCAGUAAUUUGUAUAUAAAUGCAGCACAAGCUACAGGUGUUACUGUUCCACAGUUUCAGAGUAGCCAGCCAACAAACAUACCUGUAACUAAUGCAAACUCUUCACCCAGACCAAGUAUUUUAAGGAAACGCACAAAUGAAGGUAUGACAGUGGUAAAGAAACCAGUGUGUGGUUUAAAUACAGUACAAGAAAAGUUACCAGACAAUAACAGUCCUCGGCCUGAUUCUCGGACAGAUUCAGCCCCUCAAUCAAAUACUAGUUCUCCUAAAACACCAGCUACACCAGCAGGUGAAAGCCAGUCUUCAACAGAUACAGCUUUAUCUAGUGAAGCAACCACACCUACCCAGAAUGCAUUAUCUGAUUUACGAAUAAAACAAGAACCACCAGAUACAAUAGAAAAUGGUUUUCCAAAUAGCUCUUCAUUACCAAAUAGUACAGAAACUUCACCUAGAAAGAAACCUAGAAAACAACUUUUACAUGUGAAUGAAGAAUUAAAAGACAGUUCAACAUCAGAAGAUGAUGACUUUGAAGAAGAUAAAAUAGACAUCAAAGAUGAAGAUAUAGAAUUCAGAGAUGAAUAUGUGGAUGACGAAGGUGUCCGGUGGACGUUGGAAAAAAAUAGACCAAAUAUUUCUUUAUUGAACUUUUAUAAUUUUACGUGGAAGUCUCGGAAUAAUCAUUUCCAAAGAUAUACUGAUGUUAAACCAAAAGAUGAAAGGCGACCUACUGUAAAUGAGCUAUCAAAUCAAAGAGCGGUGACGCAAAAGGCCAGUGGGUGGAAGUUAUAUCAUAUGGCUGCACAGAUGGAAGAUCUGACAGGAUUAGAAAAAACAUUACACCAGAAAGUGCUAUCACUGCAAGAGUCAAUAGCUCCACAACCAGUCAGGCAACAUGCACCAGAGGAUGACUCAGGACUCUUACAUGAAUUAACUCAGGCAAACUUACAGAGAAGCAAAUUAAUAGCUGAUCAGUUAGACGAAGCAAAGACUUCAAUGUUAAAAGUGCUGGACCAUAAAACCAAAAUAUUUGAGAUUAUAAACAAACAUAUGAGUAAACGACCAAUCAAAAAGAAAGAGAGAUCAUAGCAAUAGUUUUAUACUAGUGUUUUUAUAUUAGAUAUACACAUUGUGUUCAUAUGUUGUUAGUAGACAAUGAGAGGUUAAUGGAAAGCAGACGACAGUUUCAAUUGUUUACAACAGGUUAUUUGAUGGAAGAAUAAUUACAGAAUGGAUUUCAUUUAUCAGAUCUAUAGCUUAUAUGAUCUUCUUUAUUAUGUAAACCUGUUAUUGCAUCAGAACUGAACAUGUAAUGAGAAAUAAAUUUGUGUAUUCAAUAAAGAAGGAGAUGUUUUACAGAAGCAGUAUCACAUUAUAGUAAUGUGACAACAUUUGUUUGUAUCAUGUGACAGGUCUACCUUUACUAUCUUCCAGUCGCUUGAUGCCAUAUACUUUUAUUUGUUUGUUGAUGUUUUUAUUUAGUGCAACAUCAGUGCUAUUACAGAUGACCGGUGUUUAGAGAUUGGAUGGCAAUGUGUUUAUUUUACAAGCUGAAACAGAAGUAUUAUGAAAGAAAAUGUCAUUCAGUCUUCUCAGUAUUGCUAGACCUACUUAUACAAAAAUAAGCUUGAACUCCAAAGUUAGAAUAAAUGUUCUUUACAGUACAGUAUGAAAUGACCAGUCAUAUUACAAGCAACUCAGUUUGUCAGAACUAUAUUGUUUUUUUCUCACCUCCUAUGAUAGUCGCGAAAAGUGAGACAUAGGGAUUACUUUUCAGGCGACGCCACCCAAUUGUUAAGUUUUCUGCUUAAGUUAGUUUGAUAGGAACUACUUGUGAUAGAUCAUUGAUAUUUGAUACAAAGUUGCAUUACUAUCAGUAAAUAUCAAUUUGAUGACUAUGUCAAGGCCCUGCCUAAUAAGUCAUGUUCCUGCAACCUUGAAUUAAUUGUUCAUCAGUUUGUCUUUUUCUGAAUUUUAUGCCGACAGGCGAGACAUCUCUGUGUCCACAGUUUAUUAAAUAAGUAACUUUACCAUGUCAUGAUAAAAAAUUAAUAGUCACCGGAUCUUAAUGAAUAAAGCAAUUUCAUGGAAAACCCAAAUCAAAUUUGGAAGGCUUUUUAUUUUGCACAACAAAUAACAGCUUAUUUAAAUUCAACAAAAGCAUUUGAUAACAAAAUAGGAUGUAUUUGUAUUGUCUUGUAACACUGUAUUGAUAGUAGGUUAGCAUUUACAGAUGGUUAUUUUUAUAUGCAUUAUGUUGCAAUUGUUAUCUGAUGAAAAUUAGAUAAAGAACAAUGAAAUUUUACAA